GCACUGGGGAUUCCCCCGCGUGACAAAAACAGCUUCGUGUUUCACAUGUCAACUUCUCUUCUUUCAUUGCUCAUCUGCUCUCCGCCCGGAGCUCGAGCUCAAUGCUGCUGUUACCGGAUAUCUAGUCGACGGUUAGUUUUUUAACGGUUGUUUUUUUUUUUAAAAAACACCAAAGUUUGAUAAUGACCGUUUGAAAACUUUUUUUUUUUUUUUAAAUCAAUCUAUAAUCGAUUAAAAAAGGUGAUGUAUUAAGCAGUUAAGUGGCAUGAAACGAAGCGUCUGGUUUCACAAAGGAGCGGUGGUUUCCUCAGAGUCACACAACCACCGAGAACCGAGCAGCGGCGGCGAUAACACCCGCUAGUAGCCGUUAAAUCCUCCGGGGAUUGACGGCUGGGACUGUUGGGACGGUUGGGGGAAACCCAGCAACACCUCCUCCACCAUGGCGAGCGACGACUGUAGGAAAGACGAGCUGCUGCUGGAGGACAACCGCACAGACUCGGGUAUUGACUCGUAUCGCUCCAUACUGAAGUCGUCGUCGUUGUCGGAGGAGCAGCAGCAGCAGCAGCAGCAGCCCCAUCGGGAGCCUCCGAGCACCGACUUCAGCGGGCCGCCGAGGGGGGACAACAACAAGUUCUCCUCCGCCGGAGAGGAGCGCCUGGACUCAGCCUACGGCUCCUCGUCCAUCACGGUGGAGGUGGAGGUGGAGAGUCUGUCGGAGAUAGUCGACGGCUGCUCGCUGCAGGAGGAGCAGAACCAGAGCUCUGAACUCUCUGAACAGGAGGAGAUCUUGCUCACAACUAUCACUGAAGAUGGAGACACAAUCCUGCACUUAGCAAUCAUCCAUGAAGACGAAGUCAUUGCUCAACAGUUGAUACAGCUAUUCCCAAAAGAAGUCCUGGACAUCCAGAACAAUUUAUACCAGAGCCCGUUGCACCUGGCCACCUACCUGAACCUGAUCGGUGUGGUGAAGGGCCUGGUGGAGAAGGGGGCCAGCCUGGAGCUGCAGGACCAGGAGGGCAACACGGCGCUCCAUGUGGCCUGCCAGCACGGACAGACAGAGUGCGCUACUGAGAUGACCAGAGACGUUUCCCCCAGCAAGCUGGCGCCGGUCCUCGAGAUCCAGAACUGGAGAGGUCUUGCCUGUCUUCACUUGGCUGCUCUGAACAGGCAACAUCAGAUUAUGAAGCUCCUGGUGAAAAAGGGAGCAGACCUGAAUGUCCAGGAAGGAACCAGCGGAAAAACAGCUCUUCAUCUCGCCGCCGAGCUGCACGACAUCACGUCGGUGAAGCUGCUGCUCAGCAGGGGAGCCAACGUGGACGCUGCCAUGUUGAACGGCUGCACGCCCCUGCACCUCGCAGUGGGGAGACAGGACGCCGCCAUCGCCAACCUCCUCUGCCAGUCCGGUGCUGACACAAUGCUGCGAAACAUGGAGGACGAGACGGCGCUGGAUCUGGCCGACGGCAAUGAUGACAUUCUGGCUCUAUUUCCUUUUGAUGACAUCCAGAUCUCCGGGAGGUCGGUGGUCAGUGUGAAUUUUUGAGCUGAAUCGUAGGCUUAACAACUAUAUUGAAAUUGUCUGAAGCUUCACUGCGGCUUUUGAUUAAAAGAAGAAAAAAAAGCUGCAUUUGAGCUUUUUUGAUUAAAUAAUGCCUCUAUUUGUAGUCCAUCCUGAUUUGAUCUGUAUUUAUCCUUUAUCUAGACAAAUAUGUGCACCAUAUAAAUCAUACUUCUCACUGACACACAAGAGAGUGAUUCUGCUUAAUUGAACGGAUAAAAAACAAAUCUAUAUUUCUGAGUCACUGGUUCCAAUAAUCUGCUUCUUUACUCAUGCCUCAAUGUGAGUGCCAAACUGUCUAUCAACAUGUUCAAAGUCCAAAAAAAAAAUUCUACCUCUUUAUCACAUUAACCUAGCUUUAAUGGCUAGAAAUUGAACAUUCAAAUCUUAUUUCAUUUUUUCUCAAACUUUUAUCAUUGCUAUGCCAUUUUAUUUUAUUGUAGCCACAGAAAGACUUUUAGAGGAGGCAGAACAAAAUUAAUUUACUAAAUGUAAAACUAACUGUGUGUCCCAAAGAGACCUGCAAUCCUACGAAGACAACUAAUCACAUCAGUGCUAUUUGUUAGAAAAUUAGUAACACAGAAUGCAGCUUCAUCUUCUUGAUUUUUUUUUUUUUAGGUUUGCUAUUUCAUGUUGUGAAGCAGUUUUCUCUAUUUAUCUCAUUUUAUCCUUAAUCUGCAGUAACUGUUCCUGUAUGUUGGUGUGUAAUUACACAGCCCUGUCUAGUUUAAUGUAAGCAGUUUGUUUAUUUUGUAAUAAAACGGAAAAAAAACUCA